GCGACAAACAAUUCUGAUCAACUCAGUUCAUAACGUUUAUUUCCUCACAUCGCAAUGAAAUGAGGGGAGCAUGGGGGCCAAAGAGUCGAGGAUAGGAUUCCUGUCGUAUGACGAGGCCGUUAAAAGAGUCACUGAUGUGGAAUUGAAGCGGCUGAAAGAUGCCUUCAAGAGAACCAGCGGCCUCACCUAUUACAUGACCCAGCAGUGCUUCUACAGGGAAGUGCUGGGAGAUGGAGUUCCCCAUAAAGUUGCAGAGGUGAUCUACACCUCAUUCGGAGGCUCAUCCAAAGGGCUGCACUUCAACAAUCUGAUCGUGGGUCUGGUUCUUCUGACCCGAGGACGCGAUGAGGAGAAGGCCAAGUACCUCUUCAGCCUGUUUGCCAGUGAUCUGGGUGGAUAUGCUGCAAGGGAGGAUAUAGAAGCCGUUCUGCAGGUCCUGGAUGGAGAAGUCCCAACCUCCCUCAAAAAGUGCUUCAGUGAGGGUGACAAGGUGAACUAUGAGCGCUUCAGGAACUGGCUCCUGCAGAACAAGGAGGCCUUCACGUUGUCCAGAUGGCUUCUGUCUGGAGGAGUGUGUGUCACGCUCACCGAUGACAGUGACACACCCACCUUCUAUCAGACCCUGGCUGGCGUCACACACUUGGAGGAGUCGGACAUUAUAGACUUGGAGAAGCGCUACUGGUUGCUUAAGGCCCAGUCCAGAACCGGCCGCUUUGACUUGGAAACCUUUGUCCCUCUGGUCUCUCCUCCCAUCCAUGCAUCACUGAGUGAAGGCUUGUUUCACGCCUUCGAUGAGAAUCGGGACAAUCACAUCGACUUUAAAGAGAUCUCUUGUGGACUCUCUGCGUGCUGCAGGGGGCCCGUUGCUGAGAGGCAGAAAUUUUGCUUCAAAGUGUUUGAUGUGGACCGUGAUGGGGUUCUGUCUCGAGAUGAACUCCAUGAAAUGGUGGUGGCCUUGCUGGAGGUGUGGAAGGACAAUCGCACAGACGCACUCCCUGAGCUGCACAGUAGCGUGUCAGACAUUGUAGAGGGCAUUCUGAAGAUGCAUGACACAACCAAGCUGGGUCACCUGACCCUGGAGGACUACCAGAUCUGGAGUGUGAAGAGUGCUUUGGCCAAUGAGUUCUUAAACCUGCUUUUCCAGGUGUGCCACAUAGUCCUGGGACUCAGGCCUGGUACUCCUGAGGAGGAGGGACAAAUCAUAAGGGGUUGGUUAGAGAGGGAGAGCAGACAUGGGCUGCAGCAAGGUCAGAACUGGUUCCUCAUCUCCAUGCUGUGGUGGCAGCAGUGGAAGGACUACGUUAAAUACGGCAGUCCCUGCUGUUAUCUUCCUGUCCAGGAGCAUAAGGGCAUCGUGGUGGAGCAGCCGUCCAUCCUGAGCUCAUUGCGAGCUCCGAUGGCCACAGCCACUAUAGAGCCCACCCCACCAGACAGACUGGGAGGACUCGGAACCUUCAGCUCCAUCAGCCCCACUGAGGAGAGGUCACCUGACGCUGUGUCCAGCGCCUCGGAGGCUACAGAGACUGCAGCCCUGAGCCCCCAGGUAGCUCCCUCUGCCACAGAGAGCUGUUUCGCCCGUCAGCACAAUGUAUCGGACAACAACAAUCAGUGUUUUUCUGGAGCCAACGGCCACCUCCCCUCCCAGCUGGCAGCACAAAGACCCGGAGCAAUCGACAACCAGCCUCUGGUCACCACCGACCCCAUGAAGGCCCCCACGUUAACCAUGGAGGGGGGCAGGCUGAAGCGCUCCUUGCAGCUGGCGCCUGGUAGAGACUUUGAGACGGUGCCAGAGCCGGUGUGGCGGGCACUCUACCACUGGUACGGUGCCAACCUCAGCCUGCCGCGACCGGUUAUCCUGGAGAGCAAGACGGGCCAAGCAGAGCUGGAGCUCUUCCCCCGCUACCUCCUCUUCCUCCGCCAGCAGCCGGCCACGCGUUCCCCCCAGUCCAACAUCUGGGUUAAUAUGGGUAUGACCAGCCUGCGAAUGUUCCCACCGUAUUUACCCCCACCAAGAGCAGGUAACGUGCCAUCCCCCAACGCUCCUCUGAAGAGGGUGUUGGCCUACACAGGCUGCUUCAGCCGCAUGGGCACCAUCAAGGACAUCCACCUCUACCUGUCCCAGAGACUCCGCAUCAAGGAGGAGGACAUGAGGCUCUGGCUGUACAACAGUGAGAACUACCUCACUCUCCUGGACGAUGAAGAUCACACACUGGAAAGCCUGAAGAUCCAGGAUGAGCAGCAGCUAGUUAUUGAAGUCAGGAACAAAGACAUGAGCUGGCCUGAGGAAAUGUCUUUCAUUGCCAACAGUAGUAAGAUGGACAGACACAAAGUUCCUACAGAGAAAGGAGCCACUGGCCUCAGUAACCUUGGCAACACCUGCUUCAUGAACUCAAGUAUCCAGUGUGUGAGCAACACCAAGCCUCUCACAGACUACUUCAUCUCAGGGAGACAUCUCUAUGAGCUCAACAGAAUCAACCCCAUCGGGAUGCGGGGUCACAUGGCCAAGUGUUACGGUGACUUGGUGAUGGAGCUGUGGAGUGGGACGCAGAAGAACGUGGCGCCACUCAAACUCAGAUGGACAAUAGCAAAGUAUGCCCCGCGCUUUAACGGCUUCCAGCAGCAGGACUCCCAGGAGCUGCUAGCCUUCCUGCUGGAUGGUCUCCAUGAAGAUCUAAACAGAGUCCAUGAGAAACCCUACGUGGAGCUGAAGGACAGCGAUGGCCGGCCUGACUGGGAGGUGGCCUCUGAGGCGUGGGAGAACCACCUGCGGAGGAACCGCUCCAUCGUGGUGGACCUGUUCCACGGUCAGCUCAAGUCCCAGGUGAAGUGUAAGACAUGCGGACACAUCAGCGCUCGCUUUGACCCCUUCAACUUCCUGUCUCUGCCCCUGCCCAUGGACAGCUCCAUGCAUCUGGAGAUCACUGUCAUUAAGCUGGACGGCUCCACACCUGUGCGCUAUGGCCUGAGGUUGAAUAUGGACGAGAAGUACACAGGCCUGAAGAAACAGCUGAGUGAACUGUGCAGUCUGAAGCCUGAGCAGAUCCUCCUGGCUGAGGUCCAUACUUCCAACAUCAAGAACUUUCCUCAGGACAACCAGAAGGUCCGGCUGUCUGUUAACGGCUUCCUGUGUGCAUUUGAGAUCCCGGUGCCAGGUUCACCAACAUCCCUGAGCUCACCCACACUAACAGACAUCACCCCAAUAGCCAACGGCUCCACUGCUAAUGGAACCCUGGACAGCAAGCCGGUCCUCAUCCCCAACGGUGGGCCCAACACCAUGGUGCCCUGCAGCCCUGAGACACCCCUGGCCAACGGCGUCGCCAACGGACACAUCACACCAGUGCAGGACAGCCCCUUCAUUGGCUACAUCAUCGCCAUGCACAGAAAGAUGAUGCGUACGGAGCUGUACUUCCUGUCAUCUCAGAAGAACCGGCCCAGUCUGUUCGGCAUGCCGCUCAUAGUUCCCUGCACCGUCCACACCAGUAAGAAGGAUCUGUACGAUGCCGUCUGGAUCCAGGUGUCCCGACUGGCCAGCCCACUGCCCCCACAGGAAGCCAGCAACCACGCCCAGGACUGUGACGACAGUAUGGGCUACCAGUACCCCUUCACUUUACGGGUUGUGGGUAAAGAUGGCAACUCAUGUGCCUGGUGUCCUUGGUACAGGUUCUGUCGAGGCUGCACAAUAGAGUGUACAGAGGACAGAGCCUCAGUAGGAAAUGCUUAUAUAGCUGUGGACUGGGACCCCACUGCCCUGCACCUCCGCUACCAGACCUCCCAGGAGAGGAUUGUGGAGGAGCACUGCAGCGUGGAGCAGUCCCGUCGGGCCCAGGCUGAGCCCAUCAGCUUGGACAGCUGCCUAAAGGCCUUCACCAGCGAGGAAGAGCUGGGUGAGGACGAGCUCUACUACUGCUCAAAGUGCAAGACACACCGGCUGGCAACUAAGAAGCUGGACCUAUGGAGACUGCCGCCCAUUCUGAUUGUCCACCUGAAGCGCUUCCAGUUUGUGAACGGCCGCUGGAUCAAGUCCCAGAAGAUUGUCAAGUUCCCGCGGGAAAAUUUUGACCCCAGUGCCUUCCUGGCACCCAGAGACCUGGAGCAGCACUGCCUCCACUCCCGCAGUGAGAGCGAGGAUCUGCUGAGGGUUGGAGAGGACAACCUGUCCUCUAUCUCUGCCCCUGCUGGCUUCUGCAACCUGCCCAAAGCCUCCCCUGCCUCUAGCAGGAAGUCAGCACCUUCUCUAAGUCGGACCAGCAGCCCCUCCAGCAGCCCGAAGACUGGCAGCGGAGGCCGCAGGCCAGGCCGGCUACGCCUGCCCCAGCUGGGCAGCAGACACCGCCUCUCCAACAGCAAGGAGAACCUGGACGGAGCUGCCAAUCCUGAGGCUGAGCCACGGGACGGCGCUCCACAGGCAGACACAGAAGGGAGCACAGCGGGGGCAGCUGGAUCGGGAGAGGCGAUGGCGUCAGAAUCACUGUGCAGCACUGAGGCGUCCAGCAGCCACUGUGACGUGGUGCUGGUGAACGGCGACAGCAACGGGCUGAGCUCAGACUGCAGCACAGAGAGCAGCAUGGACCCUGACAGCUCACUGCUACAGCACAGAGACAUGUGUCUGGACGCCAUCUACAACCUCUAUGCAAUAUCAUGCCAUUCAGGAAUCAUGGGAGGAGGCCACUAUGUGACGUAUGCCAAAAACCCCAAUGAGAAGUGGUACUGUUACAAUGAUAGCAGCUGCAAGGAAGUGCAAUCUGAGGAGAUCGACACCGACUCGGCCUACAUCCUCUUCUACGAGCAGCAGGGAGUCGAGUACUCCCAGUUCCUCCCAAAGAUCGAUGGCAAGAAGAUGGCCGACACCAGUAGCAUGGAUGAAGACUUUGAGUCUGACUACAAGAAAUACUGUGUCCUCCAGUGAUGGCACGGCGUCUUCCAUCAGCGAGCACUACGCCUGCUCUCUGCUCCCUCCUGCUGCUCUGAGCAGGAAGCACCAGACAUUCAGAUCAUUCUGAAGAAUUCUCACAAACUGCUCAUGACUAGAGUCAGACUGUGGUCUCUGUCUUGCGUCGCAGCACUUUCUACACUUCAUCGCAAACAUGGAUUUGUGCAAAGGUUUGCCAAGACAACAAUGAAGCCGUGGUGAAAGCACUAAACUGGUGCACUUUGCUGAGCCCAACAAAACAACCCCCCCUCCUCCGCUCAUGUGGACAACCCACGCCAUAACAUACAUGCAACAUAUACUCGCAUACUAAUGCAUCUCUGAAUGUAUGCCAGUACGGCCAAUUCAUGAAGUGAUGUCGCUUUGUUAUUGUGCAUUUAUCACAUGUGACGCCAGAGUGAAAAGAACACCUUCACCUGGAGUGAUCGUGUGAUCUGACCCUGGAUAUCUCACCUGCAGGCACCACACAAUGCAUUCCAGGUGUAAAUGCAAGGCCAACGAUUGGAUGCAGAUAAGAGUUUAAAAUGCCAAGUGUUAACAGAGCCCAUUAGUCAAAGAACCACAGGUCCACAUGAUGUUGAAAUUUGGUAUCUAGUAUAUUGGAUAUAGUGACAAACUUUUUAAAAAAUGGUUGUCUAAAGAUUUUAUUAGUGAUAGUGUCACUAGGGAGAAUAUAAGUCAUAUGCUACCUCAUCGCUUCACGCAGUCUGUCAGCCAACUGUACCCUUAAAGUCUGUGACAGUAUUAAUGAUAAGAAUUAAAAUGCUUCCUUCCAGUGUAGGAGUCGUGGUACACACAUUUCAGAGGCCCUAUCCCCCCCAAAAAAAAUCUACCUUGUUGUAGGACACACACACACACACACACACAGGUCCGAAUGUGGACACGAAAUUAGGCUUUUUUGCCCCAACUGUGUUUCAUCCCACAGCUGCCAAAUAUCAGUGGUGAUUAGUGCAAUGUCGACCUGUGUGUACCUGUAACUUCUCAGCUUCAGUGAGAGUCUUGGUUUGUUUAGGACAGGUGCCAUGAUUUCAAAAGAGAGACGCUUAAAGAAUAAUAUACAGUAUAUGUUUAAUAUUUUUUUUUAAUUCUGCAAAAUGUUGUUUUAUAAAAGAUUUAUUUUAUUGUUGUGAUUUUUUUUCUUUUUUUUUUUUAAGGCAGGCUUCCAGAGCCACUUCAGGAACGGAUAUGUACUGUAUCUCAAAGCGACACCUAGCUUAGCUUCACAGCACUGUCGCACCUUUCACCUACUGCAAUUCUCAACUUCAAAUUCAAACUCAUCUCUAAUGCUAAUGUUCAUACCCUCCAAUAGGAAGCCAGAUAAGCUGAGACAUUGGGGAUCACUUUAUUGUAAAUUCAAAACAGUUUUACCAUUUUACCAUAGUCAGUUUUUAACAUUAUGUCAGUAAAGAGAGUCCACAGAUUCAGCAUUGCACUUUUAUAACGCUGUUGGACACACGAUGGACAAAAAAAGGCAUCAGAAUCGAUGCAGCAGAGAUAUCGUCUUUGUUAUUCCACACAUUGGUCUUUCUGUCAAAACCUGACAACCCCAUUACCCACAGUGCAACUCGACAGCCCUUACAAGAGACAUGACUUGAGGUGAUUUUUCAGACUUCACACAGCUCCCUCUGGAACCAAAAAAUGCUUUAUGCAUCUGUUUGCUUUAGCACCCCAGUACCUGGAGACACACUCUGAUGUGUCACAUCAGUGCGGUUCUCCUUUAGCACCAGGCUGAACAGCAGAGUUGUACUGGGCUCUCUAACUGAAAGCUUGAAGCCUGUUUCGUGCGUUCAGUCGCACCUUUAAUCGCACUGCAACAGCGUCCUGCAGUACGCCUGUGCAUCACUGCAGCAGCGUGAGAAGUUAAACCAUUAAAGUCAGCACAAACAAGAUUUUCAGGGGGUGUUCAGUAACUCCUUGUGGUGAGCCUGAUUUUCAAGAUGGCGCCCUGCUAAAUGUCUGUGGAAGCUUCAGUAACAAAGCUGGAUUACCAACAGGGCAAAGUGGCCACACCCCCCAGGGUCCCAGACUCUCAUGGGCCCCACAGCUUAAGAAAUUAUAAAUUUGCUCGGUAAUAUGGACCAUUGAGCCUUCAUUUAAGGGCCAACAUCUAGUUUCAGUGCUUUUAGUGUCUCAUUUGAUGUUAUAUGCUGCACAUUGCUAAAUAAAUCUAUGUUUCAUUCAUUUAUCAUCAAUGAGCUUGUAAAGCACUGUACACAAUAGGCAGGGGCCCACAGCCCAUUUUGGCCCUGUGGACCCCUAGCGGGUUAAUGUGGCCCUGAUGGGUCCCAUAGACCCAGUCAUUUCCUACAUUUAAGAUAUAUGCAAGCGUUAAGUCUUUGGAAGCUUUCUAGAAAGAGUAAUUCAUUUGAGGUAAUAGCUGUGUGUAAAUUGGCAACACGCAAGUAUAUGUUUCAACAUGUUUGGUUGGUAAAGUUUCCAAUAUUUCAUUGUUGGUACAUAAAUAUGUUUAAUAUUUCAUUUAAAUGUGGGUUGCUUAAAGGAAAUUCCUCACAAAAUGCAAGAAAUGCUGAAAAAUUCCAGACCUGUGUAAGAUAACAUUACCAAAACAUCUGUCCCCAUAAUCAGCCGCUGUGAUAUCAGACAGUGUCUGUGCUGUUCAGUGCUACAGUAUGUGUCUGGACUGUUGUCAGAUCUGUGACAGCUUCACUACAUCACUAGAGCCAACAUUGAGAUGGUGAUUUGUUAUCUGUGUGCUGGGUCUAAACAUUGGUUCCAUGUAAAUUUUGUCUGAAGGCUCAGCUACUUGCCGUGACAGUCGAGGUUCAUCUGAAAUGAACAAACCCUCGUUUUGCUGUGUGGAGUGCGGCGGCAGAGGUUUGCGUCUGGCGUGUAGCAGCACGUGUGGAGCUCCUCCUGCGAGGGGCUCGGUCUAACCACUGUGAACAGACAGCAGACGGCCAGCUGCUCCCGACGAGGCCCCGCUUUGUCUUCUGGCUCACAGGAGACCGAUCUGUGCUCCCCCCUCUCUGCUGCUGUAUUUAUUAGGAGAAGGCAUCCUCAUGGAUGUAUUUGGAGAGAUAUCUGUCACUGAAAGUUUAUUUUCCUUUGCAGAGUACAUUUGUUGAGCAAAUGGAAAUGUACAGAUGAGUGCUAUUUAUGUUUGCUUGCUCAGCUUUUUUUGUUUUCCUCCACCCUCCUGCCUUUGCACCAGUUUGUGUCCGUGUUGGAAACGUCAUCACAUGGCUCAAAGGGAAAAUCUGUCUCUUGAGAACCUAGUUUGUAAUGUUUGCUUCAUUUAAAGGUGCAAUAGCUGUCAACUUUUUUUUUUUUUUGGCUGUGAAUGUUCCCUCAAAGGACUACUGGUGUGAUGCUAAGCUUACCACACCUGUAGCUUAAACUGUUGGAGCUAAAAAGACAAUUUAAAGUUGGGCUUAAUUUCAUGAUCCAGGAACAAAGAUUUUGUGCCCAGAAGAACGGAACUUUGACGCUGGGCGAACACAUCCUGUGAACCACAGAGAUUCCCCUCCCCCUAACAGAAGCCCCCCACCCCCAGAGGAGUAGUGCGAAGAGUCCGCAGGCAGUGCAAUCUACUACUGAGCUGUCUGUCAGUCUGUAGCCUCUUUUUAUUUAAGUUCAGUUUUGUUGGAUCUGAACCAGAGUUGUUAAUUUAAAGAACUUUUUUUGUAACGUGUCGUUGAAAGAAAGUGACAUUGCACUGACAUGAAAACAUGUACAUAAAAAAAAAUGUGUUUUGUAAAUAAGCCAAUGAAAACAACGUAUUUGAAUAUGAACUGUACAAAAUACUGUACUUGUAGUUGUAUAUGGAGUGAUACUGUUGAUCUGUAACAAAAUACCCAAGCAACAAAUUAAAUUCUGCAGAGGAAAU